UUAGCGGUGCAUCAGUACAAAUUGAAUAUUUGAAAAAAAAUUUUUUCAAAAUUUAAUUCUAUCGAAGUUGCAAGUAUGAGGUCAUCUGAAUUUUAACGUAUCAUAAUGAUAGUGUAAAUGAGCCAAUGGUCGGGAUCUUCAGGACUUUAAACAACAAAAAUUGGUUUACGUCCAAGGAAACAAUAAAUUGUGAGUUAUAAAGUUCAAAAGAUGAUAGUGUGAUUAGAUACCACAUACCUGGCCCUUGGAAUCAUCUGCGUUUAGAUGAUUCUACACCAUCGGUUUCAUGUAGUUGAUAGGUUACCCCACGAGCCCUACGCAACCGACGCUCACGAGCAGCCGAAAACGUGAACGUGAAACGUUGAGGCUUCGCUGUCAUUUUCCCCAGUUUUUUAUUAAAAAAUCCAAAAAUGGCGAAUCCAGCGCAUACAGACAUGGUUGAAGAGGACGCGGCCGACCUGCAGUUCCCAAAAGACUGUUCAAAUCCUUUGACCCUCGACCCCAUGUCAGUCACAAAAGAGGAAAUCUUCACUUCAGACCCGACUUGUUUCACCUGCAAAAUCGCCCUCUCCGAGCCCUACAUAAAGUGCGCAAUAUGCCAAAGCACAAACCUCUGCCCCAAGUGUUUCUCCCGGGGGAAAGAGCGCCCACCCCACAGAAACGACCAUGACUACAUAGUGGUCCGUAACGAGUUUCCCCUGAUCGAGUUCACCACGUGGACAGCAAAGGAGGAAUCAGACUUGCUGGAGGUCCUCCAGGACUGUGGCUUCGGCAACUGGGUGGACGUAUCGAAGAGGAUGCAGGGGCGAUCCCCAGAGGAUUGCAAGUCCCACUACCUGGCCAACUACAUCGACAAUCAGAGCCUGCCAGGCUUGCCAAUAAUGAGGGAGCAUCCGUCGGUGAUGUUCUCCAACGAGACCAUUCCCUACGCCUUUAAGCUGCAGGACCUCGAUGAGCCCUCGAGGUUCGCCCCAGGCACCUCCAACAGUCGUCUCUUGGCCGGUUACAACUCAGCGCGAUCGGACUUUGACGUUAAUUUUGAUAAUCACGCUGAGCUGCUGGUGUCAGAACUGAGGUACAACGAAUUCAGUCCAGAUGACGAUGAUUACAGACUUGGGACAAGCCUCCAAGCGGCGAUUGCCGAGUGCUACAAUCACCGAUUGAAAGAGAGAUCGAGGAGACAGAUGAUUGUACGGGAGCACGGACUUAUCGCAUUCAGGAGGACAAUGGCUUGGAUCCAGAGGUACGAUCACACGAUCACCAGGACAACAGCGGAAAGGCUGCUGGUGUUCAUGCAGCUGGCAGGCGGAAUGGACUUUGAUUACGUUCUGGAGGGCCUUCAUCGUGCUGGUGAACUGAAGAAUUCUCUCAGGAGACUCAAGGACUAUAGGAUCAAUGGGAUUAAGAAAUUCCACAGCAUUCCCCUGUUCAAAAAGCUGCGGGCGCUGAAGGGGGAGAACGAGAAAGAAAGGAAGAUUUACAUGGGGAGUGUCGAGUACAGCUGGAAGAACUGUAUUCCUGAGAAGCUGAUGAUCAGGGAGGCCCCUGUGAUUAUUGCCAGCUCGACCAGAAGGCAGCCUCCACCGUUGGAUAUCAGGGGACUUCCUGCUGAAGAGAAGCUCACCCCUGAGGAGAGGGAACUAUGCAUUCAUGCCAGAAUACCACCGGAACAGUACCUCGAUCAUAAGAGAUUGUUGAUCAAUGAGAAUAAGAAGAUGGGGUCUUUGAAACUUGCACAAGCGCGGUCUUUACUCAAGAUCGAUGUCAAUAGGACCAAGAAAUUGUAUGUUUUUUUGCAAGAGCAUGGGUGGAUUCAGAGUAAGAGCUCUUGAGAAAAGGUUUGAUGCUUUGGGAGAUUUUGCAAUGUAUAAAAUCCCGUCAUACCCAAAAUGGAGAUGGUGGAUUGGAGGGUUUAUGAGUGAAUCGAAUAGUUGGCUUAUUAUUUUGACUGGUGGAUGCUGAUUUAUUCUCCGUAGAAUUUGAAAAUGCUGAGACUCUACUUAUAUCAGAGGUUCA